AUGCUUCUAGCCGCCCAAGAAUUUACAACCUCAUUUUCAGACCCACCGUCGCCCAAUGAACCUACCUUCAUUACACGGCCAAAGCUCGCGAACCUCUUCUCCGAGGACGAUAGCGGCAGCGGGUAUCUGAAGUCACAAGAACUUCUUAAACAUGACGAGGUGUUGAGUCGGGAGCUGGAAGAUGUGCCGAGCUAUACCCAAGCCACGUCCGCCCCGGAAUCUCAAGACCGCUUCGUCGCAUCCCCCUUGUCAUAUUCCUGCUCUGUAGGCGAUGCUCAUGCUGCGGACUUGUCACAGUCACCGGCGGCGUUGUUCCUAUCUUCGUUCAGCCCAUCUGCGCCCAUGGACGCCAUCCCCGAAGACGCUGAAGGAGCUAUUGUAGCCGGGUACACGCUCGGCCCUAUCAUCGGCGUUGGGGGGUUCUCUACUAUCCGCCAGGCCACCUCGUCCGAAGGCGGUAGCGUUGCAAUCAAAAUCGUGCGGCGAUCAGACCUCUCUGCGCGAGUUCGCAAGCGGCUCGGUCGCGAAACGACCAUCUGGAGGUCCCUCAGCCACGAGCAUGUCCUACCGCUAUUCUCCGUUACUCAAAUGCCUCAUGCAGAUUACUACGUGACCUUGUAUUGCCCCGCCGGCACCCUGUUCGACAUCUUGAAGCGAGAUGGGCAUCCGGCAUUGCCGCAAGACGAUGCAGGGAUGAUGUUCAGGCAGGUGGUGCGGGGGCUGAGGUAUCUGCAUGAAGUGGCGGGGGUUGUGCAUGGGGAUAUGAAGCUGGAGAACGUGCUCGUAGAUGAGAUGGGUGUGUGUAGAAUUGCAGACUUUGGAAUGGCACGCAAGAUCGGCGAGGUCGAAGAACCCGAUGCGGAGAGCAGUGAGUCGUCGUCGAGAGGCACUCCUGCCACGCUGCCACGAAGAUCGCACGGCACGCAAGGUCCGCUGCACAAACACCUGUCUUUGAUGCGACAUGGCGGCACCCGCCAUCGCGGCUCGACACCUCUGCCUUCUUCAACGACGACGCCGUGCCGUAGCCGAGAGUUCCCGCAGGGAUCACUCCCCUAUGCCUCCCCCGAACUUCUGCUUCCGUCGUCUUCAACGGCACACUCACCCAAUCCUGCACAGGAUAUCUGGGCCCUGGGCGUCAUGUUGUACACGCUUCUGACUGGGCGUCUGCCAUUCAUGGAUUCAUAUGAUCCUCGUUUGCAGAUGAAAAUACUACACGGCGUGUACGAGAUGCCUAAAGGCAUCGGCCAUGGCGCAGAACGCGUUCUCACUGGCUGCUUGGAACGCUCUGUUCCAAAUCGAUGGACAAUCGCGAUGGUUGACGAGGUUGCUUGGGGCAUUGGC